AUGCAGGGGGCCGAGCUCCGGGACGGCGAGGCGGCGGCGGCGGCCGCUUCGUACCGGGUCCUGAGCCGCCUCCUCGGCUAUGGAGAGGCGGCCCCUGAGCCAGGCCCGCCGCCGCCGCCCCCGGGCCAUGGCCCGUCGCCGCCACCCUUCCUCGCACGGCCCGGCUCGCGGGGCGCCCGGCCGCCGCAGCUGAUGGUGUUCCGCAACGUGGGGCGGCCGCCGGAGGAGGAGGACGCGGAGGCGGCCCCGGAGCCGGGACCCUCGGAACUGCUGUGUCCCCGGCACCGCUGUGCGCUGGAUCCCAAGGCCCUCCCGCCGGGCUUGGCGCUCGAGCGGACCUGGGGUCCGGUGGCUGGACUAGAGGCGCAGCUGGCGGCCCUGGGGCUCGGACAGCCGGCCGGGCCGGGGAUCAAGACUGCCGGCGGAGGCUGCUGUCCGUGCCCGUGCCCCCCGCAGCCGCCGCCGCCGCAACCCCCGCCGCCUGCUGCCGCCCCGCAGGCCGGGGAGGACCCCACGGAGACGAGCGACGCGCUGCUGGUCCUGGAAGGCUUGGAAUCGGAGGCCGAGAGCCUGGAGACUAACAGCUGCUCGGAAGAGGAGCUCAGCAGCCCGGGCCGUGGAGGAGGAGGAGUGGGUGGCCGGCUGCUGCUGCAGCCUCCGGGCCCCGAACUACCCCCGGUGCCCUUUCCGCUGCAGGACUUGGUCCCUCCAGGGCGCCUGAGCCGAGGGGAGCAGCAGCAGCAACCUCCCCCACCGCCGCCGCCUCCCGGGCCCCUCCGGCCCCUGGCAGGCCCUUCUCGGAAGGGUUCCUUCAAAAUCCGCCUCAGUCGCCUGUUUCGCACGAAGAGCUGCAACGGCGGCUCGGGCGGUGGGGAUGGGUCCGGCAAGAGGCCUUCGGGAGAUCUGGCAGCUUCAGCUUCGAGCCUGACAGACAUGGGAGGCUCUGCGGUCCGGGAGCUGGAUGCGGGGAGGAAACCCAGGUUGACAAGAACUCAAAGUGCCUUUUCUCCGGUCUCCUUCAGCCCCUUGUUCACAGGUGAGACAGUGUCGCUUGUGGACGUGGACAUUUCUCAGCGGGGCCUGACCUCUCCACACCCUCCAACUCCCCCUCCUCCUCCAAGAAGAAGCCUCAGCCUCCUAGAUGAUAUCAGUGGGACGCUGCCUACAUCUGUCCUUGUGGCUCCGAUGGGGUCUUCCUUGCAGUCUUUCCCCCUACCUCCGCCUCCUCCACCCCACGCCCCAGAUGCAUUUCCCCGAAUUGCUCCCAUCAGAGCAUCAGAAUCUCUGCACAGCCAGCCCCCCCAGCACCUCCAGUGUCCUCUCUACCGGCCAGACUCAAGCAGCUUUGCAGCCAGUCUUCGAGAGCUGGAAAAGUGUGGCUGGUAUUGGGGACCUAUGAAUUGGGAAGAUGCAGAGAUGAAACUGAAAGGGAAGCCAGAUGGUUCUUUCCUGGUACGAGACAGCUCUGACCCUCGUUACAUCCUGAGCCUCAGCUUUCGAUCACAGGGUAUCACCCAUCACACUAGGAUGGAGCACUACAGAGGAACUUUCAGCUUAUGGUGCCAUCCCAAGUUUGAAGAUCGCUGCCAGUCGGUGGUGGAGUUCAUUAAGAGAGCCAUCAUGCACUCCAAGAAUGGGAAAUUUCUCUAUUUCCUGAGGUCCAGGGUCCCAGGACUGCCACCAACUCCAGUACAGCUGCUCUAUCCAGUGUCCAGAUUCAGCAAUGUCAAGUCCCUCCAGCAUCUUUGCAGAUUCCGGAUCCGGCAGCUUGUCCGAAUAGAUCAUAUCCCGGAUCUGCCACUGCCUAAACCUCUGAUCUCUUACAUUCGAAAGUUCUACUACUAUGAUCCUCAGGAAGAGGUGUACCUGUCCCUAAAGGAAGCGCAGCUCAUUUCCAAACAGAAACAAGAGAUGGAGCCUUCCACGUAGCAGCUAGAGCCCUGCUGGUCAACAUGAAGGCAUUUGAUCGCCAGGCUCCAGUUUGAAGAAGCAAAUGAAGCUACCACAAAAGAAGACUCUGGCAGAAAGGGAAGAGCGGGUUGUGAUUCCUGGCACAGACUUUGGUUCCCCUGUAUCCCUGGGGCUUGGAAGAAGCACACAACCAUCCUCCAAGUGGGGCUCCCCAUUCCCCAACCCCAUGAACCCCAGGGCUGGAUGAGCUCCUUGGAAAACUGGAAGAAGUCUUAACACUGUUUCUUUUCAGAAGUUAUGUUUUAGUAUUUACAUUUCUCAGUGGAAGGCAGCUGGAGUCUAUACCCUUUGGAUUGAAGGUGGUGUUAGGGAUGAGCAGGUCAGGGGAGUGCCGAGGAGGGCUGCUUGUUCAGCUGGCGCCAAAGGCAGUAUUGAAGCUCUUUUCCAUGAUCCUGGAGGAAGGGCGGGGGAAGCCAGAGAAGUACAGAAGAAUGAGACUGGAAGUUUCUGGGAAAGGUGUCUGAGUCUCCUCUCCAGCUUCCGCAGGAGAGGAGAGAGGGUGGUGAGUGAAAGGGACUGCUAGCUCUGUUUGCUGAGGAAGUGCUUGCUCCCUCUGCUUUCCUUCCAAGGUUGACAGCCCUGAUUGCAGAACUCUCUCUUAUGAAAUUGGUGUGCAUUUUGUUGACUAAAUUCCUUAAGCUCAGUGACCUGAGGCAAAUCCAGUUCUCCCUCUCCUCAGCCCCUUCCCCUCAGGAACUGUGGAUUCCACUUUGGUCAAUCCAGUGCUUCUAUUGCUUCUGCCAGCUGUGCAGGCAGUGGUGUUUCUCUUCACGUGGGAGUUUAGACCUUCAGUCCUGGGCUGCCAGGGCUCACCCCGACUAUCAGCAACCCCACGCCUGGAGCAUGCUUCCAGAUUCUUUGUGGCAAAGCAUACCCACAGCUAAGGAGUCAUUGUUACCCCGUCUGUCAGCUAGUGAGAGGAAGUGUGGAGGAAGUGAGAAACAGCUACUGUGCUCCUAGAGGAGCCCGUGUGUCUCAGCCUUAACGGGAUUUCUGUAGUGCAGAAAAGGCAUGGCGUCUCAUGAUCAUAGGCUUAUCAGUGUUGUCAUCCCACCCCUGAGGUGAAGGUGGCAAAGGGCUUCUUCAUUUCUCCAUGUUCAUUCUCGAAACCCGCACAUUUCCUGAGUCAGACCCCGUUGCCUUUCAUCACUGGGAACCUGUCAGAUGCUAGUUUGAAAGUUGCCUUUCAGAUGGAUGUGGAGGGAGGGAAGAACUUUGAUGCUUGAGUAGUCUGUGUCUGAAGCUGGCCACGUCCAGCCAUGGGCCACAUAAGUUUGCUGUCCUACAGGGCUACUCAAGAUGGAAAGUGGAGCUGUUGGGUCUUCAUUACACUUAACCAUGUAGUAUUCCAUAUGAUGGCCUUUUUAGUUCCCUCUGCCUGUGUCUGCCUCAGAUGACAAAGUAAAGAUCGUCAGUCUUGGGGUUCCUGAUGGUGUGGGUGAAGCCCUGUGUCUAGGUAACUUAGAAAAUUGUCUUAUCUGGAAAGUGACCUGUGGGCUCCCACUGUGCAUGGAGUCACCUUCCUCCUCCUUGAACUAAACACAGAAAUGUGCUUUCUCAGCUGGCUGUGCAAUAGUCCAGCUCAGUGCUGACUCGCCUCAUGAUCAUCCUAAGAUGAUGAUUCAGAGAUUGGCACCUGUAAGUUCUGCCUCUGGAGGGUACAGGCCACUUGCCGUCCUGUAGUAGGGCCAUUCUAUAAUGGAGCCCAAACUGUAGAGUCCAUAGAGUCCUCAAGUGGUUAAUAUUUGCAGUUGAGAGAGACUUUCUCCCAUUUCGGCCACCCAUGAUAUAAAAAUUUGUUUUCAGCCCGUGUUUGCAUUGUUUGAGGGCUCUGAGCUAGGUAUUGUGAAAGGACAUGAGGUAGAAGACCCCGGCCCUGAGGGGACUGUAAAGGGACUGUUGCCCAGGAAGGAAUUGGAGCGUUACUCGUUGCGGCAGAAAAUCAAGGCCCAUCUUUAAAGACCAAGUGGGCAUGAUCGGGGUAGACCAGAUGGGUUGGGGAAGCUCUGGUGUAAGGCUUUGAGUUGUAGGCGAGGACACUGACAGACUCAGGACAGACAGAGCAGAAAUGUGUGGCAAGUGUGCAGCUGCCUUAGAUCAACAGCAGAGUCCUACUUGACCAUAAAGGUCUAGAUGGAAACUUCCCAGUCGUUGGACAGCUCUGAAGGCUAGGGGCAGUGAGGGUGUGGUGGAAGGCAAAGCCAGCAGUCAGCAGACACCUCUCUGGUCCUGGGGUUACCCAUGGAAAAUUUCUAUACUCGGGUGCAAACUAGAUGUGCUCCAGAGCAUGGCAGCCUCACCCUUUCUGUCCUGGGAAAGUGUGGGGCGCUGUACUUCGGAGCUUCAAUGUUCCAGUCACAACUGGUCUGACCCUUCCUCAGCAGGAUGGGCUGCAAAACAGCAGUGUGGGAGAUAGCUCUAGGAGGCCUGGCAGCCAGGAGGCCUUGUUAGAAGGGAAGGAACGACUAGGGAGAGCCGUUGAGCCUGUUGACUGACUGUACUGUAGGCUGGAGAAGGGAGAAGGCCAGAAGGCCUUGGCCUUCGUCUUUUGUUGAUGGUGGGGCAGUGCUAAUGGAAAUGCAGUCCUCAGAGGGAACUCCACUUGUCCUUGGUGGUUAUGUGCCAGUCACAAACUGGGAAAGGCAGUCACGUCUAGAGACCUGCUGUGGUUUUCUGAGUUGUGGUUGGAGGUGUCACUACUCUCAGAUGCAGCCUGUAUAACCUUCACCCGUUAUAUACUGAUCUACUGUAACCUGCCUCAAGACGGGUAUGUUGGUAUAAGCUAGUGACAACUACUGCUGCAACCUGUAGUUACUUGAAAUGUGUGUCUGUGCUGGCAGUUUAGGCAUGGGGGAGCAGGAGCUUGGCUGUGGGUCCAACUGUCCUGAUUUGAUCAUGGCUUAGUACCAAGGUGAAGUAAAUGUGGGUAACAGAGCUAUCCUCUUGAAAACAAGGGCUUGCAAGUGUCUCAUAGCUCCUGUUUUACCUGUCCCACUGUCACUUGGACUAAGCCUCUGAGGCCAAGCAGGAAGUGAUGGGAUGGCUACACAUACCCUCUGAUGCACGUCCCCUGAGGACUAGGAAAUAGAUCAGAGUAUAGCCCCAGGAAGCCACCCUUUCAGCCUUGCCUCGUGCUCCUAGGAGGGCAUGGCCUGCUUGAAGCCCCUAACCCGAUGGGAAGUAGGGACAAGAAAAACUUGCCCAGAUAAGAGCUUCCUUCUCUUCCUUGUUGCUUUUCUCUUACCUUUGAGCCCAAGAGUGAGAUGGAAAGAGCCACCACAGGUCUAGAAUUCUGCCUGAGCGAGCGUGUACCCUCAUUUGUCUAAGUCUUGUCUGUGGUUGGGGUGAUGGGAACAUCUCCACUAGCGGGGGACUAGGAUUUGUUUUCCACUUUAAGAGAAUGGCAUGCCCACUGUGUGAGGGAGGAGCUUCGAGUUAGACAUUUUCCCUAUGGGAAUCCUCUUGGUUUGGUUUGUGGGGAGAGGGGAGUGGAUCCAUGGUUUUUCUUUGUAGUCAUCAACACAGCUGUCCUUACACUGAAUCUGUGCUAUUGCAUACAUGUAGCCAUCUUUCUUUUCACUGCAGCAGUGUUUAUCAGUAGUUCAAAAUGAUUUAUUUGCUCCUGGGGAGUAAAACCUUUUUUAUUAAAAAAGAAAAAAAAAAAAAAAAGAAAGGUGUGCCCAUUAUGAUUG